AAAAGUGUGUGUGACUCAGUGAGAGAGCAAUAGAGGGAGAGGGGGGGUGCGAGCGAGCGAGCGAGCGAACCAACGGCACAAAGGAGAAGUAGGCAGCUGCUCCUCACUGAGAUAACCCAGCGAAGGAGAAACAAGCCAGUGAAGACCGAUUGUGACUUGCUCUGACUUUUGGUUUUGCGAGGGAAGAAGAGGACAAGCCAGGACUUUGGUGCUCUCCAUUCUCCUCAUCUUGUGGAUAUGCCCGGCUUCCCUUUGUGCAACUUCUCAGCCUAGAGCCGCACGGUGGCGGGGGAGGAAGGGGCAUGCCGGCUCCCCCCUCGGCUCUCUUCACCACGAGCUGGACUUCCGCGAGGAUAUCAAGGAUGGCCAUCACGUCGGGGACGAGUCGAGAGGUUUGAAUCCUUGGGAACAAGUUUCCAAGGUCCAGGACUUUAGGCUAUCCUCAGACCCGUGCAUCAGCGAUGACCUCAAUAGGUCCCCGCCAGUGUCCGGAAUAAAAGUGGACAGUCGCUAAGCAGAGCCGCUGUCCCACGGAGCUUCCAUCUCCAAGAUGUUCAACGGCGUCCCGCCGCCGGGUCCCGGCAACGUCUCAGCGGGCAACUGCAGCCAGAACGACGGCUUCAAGUACCCACUGUACAGCACGGUGUUCAGCGUGGUGUUUGUGGUGGGCCUGGUCACCAACGUGGUGGCCAUCUACAUCUUCACCUGCACGCUCAAGCUGCGCAACGAGACCACCACGUACAUGAUGAACUUGGUGGCGUCCGACCUGCUCUUCGUUUUCACGCUGCCGCUGCGCGUCUUCUACUUCAUCAACCGCAGCUGGCCCUUCGGCAGCGUGCUCUGCAGGGUCUCCGUGUCGCUCUUCUACACCAACAUGUACGGCAGCAUCCUCUUCCUCACCUGCAUCAGCGUGGACCGCUUCCUGGCCAUUGUGCACCCCUUCCGUUCUCGGACGCUGCGUACCAAGCGUAACGCCAAGCUGGUGUGCGCCGCCGUGUGGGUGCUGGUGCUGUCGGGCAGCCUGCCCGCGGGCUACCUGUUGGACACCACCUCGCGGCAGCGCCAGCGCGCCAACGCCACCUUCUGCUUUGAGAACUUCUCCUCCAGCCAGUGGAAGUUGCACCUGUCCAAGGUGGUCAUCUUCAUCGAGACGGUGGGCUUCGUCCUCCCGCUGCUGCUCAACGUGGGCUGCUCGGUCAGGGUGCUGCAGACCCUGCGGCGCCCCCACAAGGUGAGCCGGGACGGCGGCGCAAAGCUGAACAAGACCAAGAUCCUGCGCAUGAUCGCCGUGCACCUUAGCACCUUCUGCUUCUGCUUCAUCCCGUACAACGUCAACCUGGUCUUCUACUCGCUGGUGCGCACCAAGACGCUGAAGGGCUGCCUGGCCGAGUCAGUGGUGCGCACCAUCUACCCUGUGGCGCUGUGCCUCGCCGUCUCCAACUGCUGCUUCGACCCCAUCGUCUACUACUUCACCUCGGAGACCAUUCAGAACUCCAUCAAGAGGAAGUCGCUGGCGGGGAGGCCGUGUGACGCCAGACUCUCCGAGGCCCUGCAGUCGGAAUCCAGCUCCAACUUGCAGUGCGGCCUUAGGAACCUCAAAUCCAAGAUGCUGCUCAACGAGUCCUCAGUGUGACGCUCUCUUGGACCUUUUUUUUUUUUUAUGAGCUCUAAAUUCCGACUGUGGAUUUAUGAGGCCCUGUGCACUCUCCCCGAUGUCCUCCCACUGGGGAUUAUCCUGAAAUUACGCAACCACCUGGAAAGGAGUGAACACUUUUGGAAGUGCUUGUGUAUCUGUUGCUACUUUUAGUACGCUUAAAUUAACAUGCGGGGUUAAAGGUCGGAUGGUUUUUUUUGAGCACAGCAGUGGAUGAAAAGCUUAAAUAAAACCAUUUGCACCAGAAAGCAAAACAAAA